UGUCAUGGCAUGACUGGGUUGUGUUGUGGCAUGACCAAGCUGUGUCAUGGCAUGACCGGGCUGUGACAUGGCAUGGCUGGACUGUGUCAUGAUAUUGCUCAGCUGUGUCAUGGCAUGACCGGGCUGUGUUGUGGCAUUUCUGGGCUGUGCCAAGGAAUGACCGGACUGUGUUGUGGCAUUGCUGGCCUGUGUCACGGCAUGACCGAGCUGUGUCAUGACAUGGUUAGAGUUCUGUUGUGGCAUGACAUUGUGAUGGCAUUCCAUGGGGGACAGGCAGGCAGGAUGGGGUUGGACAUGGGGGGACAGACAGGGCAUUGCACAUGCGGACAGACAGACAUCAAGGAGCAUGGCUUGGUGAAGCAGAGCAGACUGGUCUGAUGGAGAGGCAGCACUUUGAGGAAGGACAGGAUGGAGCAUUGCAUGGAAGGAGAAACAAAGGUGGCACGGGACAGCUGUCAUAGAGAAAUAUGGGCAUGGACAGACAGACAGCAUGACGCAUGGCAUGGCAGGAUGGACAGAACAGGGUGCACGGGUGGAUGAACAGACGGCACAGGCAGGGACAGCCAAGACAAGUUAGGCAUGUGGGGACAGGUGGACCAAGCGCUGUGUGAGAUGGAUGGAUGGAUGGAAGGAUGGACAGAUAGACAGACAGUGUGGAGGACAGCUUGCAGGGACGGAUGGAUGAGACUGUGGUGCUGGGGACAGACCCCCUCUCUGGGUGGACAAGCCGCAUAGGGACAGACAGACAGUGCAGAGCAGCACCCUGAGGGACAGCCAAGAGGCCUGCACCCUGAUUCCCCAUCCUGCAUUGGGUGCACCGAGCCUGCCAGGCCCAGCACGGCUCAGCCCCCAUCCCUAGCUCCAUCCUGUCCAUCUGUCCCCCCAUGCAACGCUGUCUGUCCCCCAUCCCCACCCUGUCCAUCUAUCCCCCCAUGCAAUGCCCUGUCCCCUCAUAUCCAUCUCCAUUCUGUCUGUCCCCCCAUGCAAUGCCCUGUCUGUCCCCCAUUUCCAGCUCCAUGCUGUCCGUCUGUACCCCCAUGCAAUGCCCUGCCUGUCCUGCCUCCUGCCUAUCUUUGGCCCUCGGCACGCAUUGGGGCUGACACAUGUUCCCGGCGCGCGAGCGGCAGAGAUUAGCACGGGCCGGCGGCAUGGGAGCGGGCAGGAAAGUCUGAGUCACAGCUCCCAGUGCUGGGGGCGGCCGGGGGGGCUGAGGGCACCCAGCCGUGCCCCAGGAGCACCUGACCCUGCUGGGACACACGGCGGGGGACGCAGGGCCCAUGGAGGAGUCGGACGAGGACGGGGAGGACAAUGAGGAGUUCCUGGAGCGGCUGAUGGCGCAGACGGGCCGGGAGAUGCCGCAACGGGAGCUGGAGGAGCACUAUGCUGUGCUGGAGGAGCUGGGCAGCGGGACCUAUGGCCGCGUGGUGCUGACGGAGCCCCGGGAUGGUGGCUCACCGGUGGUCCUCAAGCUGAUGUUGAAGGAGAAGACGGAGCGGCGGGCGUUCCUGCGGGAGUAUUGCAUUGCCCUGUGCCUCUCCAGCCACACUGCCUGCCUGCGCGCCCUGCCCGUCGCCUUCGAGAGUGCCACGCACUUCGCUUUCGGGCAGGAGCUCGCUCCUGCUGGGGAUCUGUGUGCCCUCCUCAACCCGGGGGAGGGCCUGGCAGAGGAGCUGGUGAAGCGCUGCGCGUCUCAGCUGGCCGAGGCGCUGGACUUCAUGCACAGCCGGGCCCUGGUGCACCGGGACGUCAAGCUGGACAACGUGCUGCUCUUCGACCACGAGUGCCGGCGGGUGAAGCUGGGAGACUUCGGGCUCACCCGCGUGCAGGGCUCGGCAGUGGGUGCCAUGUCCGGCACCCUGCCCUACGCCCCACCAGAGCUCUGCCUGCUCCAGGGCUCCGACACACUGGAGCUGGACUCCAGCCUGGACGUCUGGGCCUUCGCCGUCCUGCUCUUCUGCCUCUGCACCGGCUGCUUCCCCUGGGCCGUGGCUGCCAGCUCUGACCCCCAGUUUGAGGACUUCAGCGCCUGGCAGGGUGGUGUGGUGGGGCGGGGGGUGCCAGCGUCCUGGCGAGGCUUCAGCUCCGGGGCACUGGAGAUGCUCCGGCGCCUGCUGACACUGGACCCCGACCGCCGAAGCCCAGCCAUCGAGGUGCAGAAAUACCUGUCCCUGCCCUGGGUGAUGGCUCCCAGCACCGGGGAGCCGGCACCAAGCAGCUCCCAGUCCCCCCUUACCAGUGGCACAGGGGAGAGCCCAGGGGACACGGGGCGACAGGAUGCUGCUGGUGGGGGAGACGGGGUUCCCAUGCCCCCCGCUAAUGCACUGGCCCCGUGCCGGUAGCCAGUACCUCCCCUCCAUCCCGGGGCUGGUAUCGCAGCGGGUGCUCCCCAGGGAUCUAGGCUCCCCGUCCGAUGCCCGAGGCUUGCAAGGCUAGAAAUGGGUCGCAAGAGUGGGAAGGAGAAGCAAUGUCUCAGGCAGAACCUGGAGACCCCAGCCCUGCAGCUGGAUGCCUGGCACCUUGCAAACCCAUGUCACUUGGCGGUGGUGACAACAGCCCACCCGAGCAACUGUUGCACGGCUCUGAGAUGCACAAGGGAAACCCAGAGCAGAAGCCCCUCACGGGACAACAGAAAGAAACAGGAGGAGAGCAAUUAAUUACAAAGAAAUCCCACUAAGACCAAUGCAAAACCUUGGCAGAGAUGGACAGUGAAACUGCUCAGCAGAGGAACCCAGAAACGCAUCUGACCUUGACCUCCUUCCUGCACCUUAGGGUUGAGGAGGUUGUCAAGGGCUGCUGUUAAUUAGGGAAGAUGCUAAACAGUCUCCUGGGGGGGUUCAGGAGCUUGGGAAACAAGUGUAAGACCUCAAGGCAUGCAGCUGAACUGGGGUGUGAUGGGGCUGGGAGGAGCUGCCAGGUGGAUCUCCAGGACUAGAGUUAAAACGGGACAAACCUGGGAUCAGGCUCUGUCUGGACAAAGCAAUGGGCAGGGUGAUUUGCACGGUUAAGGGCUGAAUGUGGGUCGGUUGAUAGUGCAAAAGGGUAAAGAGACACAGCGAGAGAGCAAAUUGGGAUGGCUCUGGGUGUUGCAGGAGGUAACAUACAUGAGAACUGGCUUCAAUGGCUGCAAAUAUUCUCCUUCUCCAGACUCCAGAGGGGAAUUUGUGGGUUUGGAGACUGGACAAACACCUGCCCCGGCUCAACCAGACAUCUGGUCUCUGCUGGCGUUCCCAAUGGGGGCUGCUGGCAGCUGGGAGGAGAGCAGCAGGGUUCCACAAGCUUUGGCACCUAACCUUGGUCCCCUACCACGUGUGGGUAGCCCUUUGAGUAGUCUGCACCUCUGUUUUGGGACAUGGGGCUUCUGGAGCCUCUGCCUGGGGCCCCUCCAUGCUCUGCCUGGGGAGUCUGUGCCCACCCCUCCCCGGGGACCCCCAACAGGCUGGGGGACACUGUGCUCUGCCAUCGGCAGAGGAAUCAUCUCCUGUACUACCAACCCUGAUGCAAAGUGGAAGGGGAGGGGGAAAACUAGCUGAGAUGCUGAAGCUUAAUAAAAUUCUCUGUUGUUUUGCCUUUUUUUAAA